AUGAACCUAGUACGAUGGACACCAUUUGGCGAGUUUGAUCAUCUGGUCCGUUCUCUGGAGCAGUCGCGUUCACCUGUGCGCCGCGCUGAUUGGUUACCGUUGGUGGAUAUCCGCGAAUCUGUGGAAAGCUAUCAUAUUGAUGUGGAAGUGCCUGCGGUGGCAGCGGAAGACCUGUCUGUAACGGUCGCCGAAGGCGUGUUGAAUGUGAGUGGAGAACGACGUUCAGCAGUGUCUGAUGAGGAUAACCGCACACACCGCACUGAACGCCGCUAUGGUCGCUUCGAACGCAGUUUCAGUCUGCCCGAGGAUGCGGAUCCAGAAGCGAUUUCUGCCGAAAGCCGAGAUGGCGUGCUCUAUCUGAGUAUUGCUAAACGUGCACCCGAAGUCGCGAAGAAGAUAGAUGUGAAGGUCAGCUGA